AAGAAACAUAGCUCAUUGUUGGCAAAUGCCGAUGAGCUUUGCUGAGGAGUAAGGGGAAGCGAAGGGGGAAAAUAAAAGAGAAAGGGGCUUGGGUCUUCAGGCGAAGCAGCAGCAGCAACACGACGACAGCAGUAAUAUCACGUAACCAUUCUCGGAGGAAACCAGGAAAAUACUCUAUAUGCAGCUGGGCGGUUUUUAAACUGAGCGAUUCUACCAACAACCUUCCGAGCAGAAAGAGCAAAGACCGGAGAAGGGUUGGAAAUGGCUGACCACAUGAUGGCCAUGAACCACGGGCGCUUCCCCGAUGGCACCAACGGGCUGCAUCACCAUCCUGCUCAUCGUAUGGGAAUGGGUCAGUUUCCAAGCCCCCAUCACCACCACCAGCAACAACAACAACACGCCUUCAAUGCCUUAAUGGGCGAGCAUAUACACUAUGGCGCUGGUAAUAUGAAUGCCACUAGCGGGAUCAGACAUGCGAUGGGGCCAGGGACUGUGAAUGGAGGGCACCCCCCCAGCACUAUGCCCCCCACGGCCAGAUUUAACAACUCCCAGUUCAUGGGGCCCCCGGUCGCCAGCCAGGGAGGUUCCUUACCGGCCAGCAUGCAGCUGCAGAAGCUAAACAACCAGUAUUUCAACCAUCACCCUUAUCCCCACAACCACUAUAUGCCGGAUUUGCACCCUGCAAGCCACCAGAUGAACGGGACGAACCAGCAUUUCAGAGAUUGCAACCCAAAGCACAGCAAUAGCAGCGGCAACAGCGGCGGUAGCAGCAGCAGCAGCAGCAGCAGCAACAUGCCUUCCUCGGUUCCCCACGUCCCUGCUGCGAUGCUGCCUCCCAAUGUCAUAGACACUGACUUCAUAGACGAGGAAGUGCUCAUGUCCUUAGUGAUAGAAAUGGGUUUGGACCGCAUCAAGGAGCUGCCUGAACUCUGGCUGGGACAAAACGAGUUUGAUUUUAUGACGGACUUCGUGUGCAAACAGCAGCCUAGCAGAGUGAGCUGCUGACUUAAUUUAAACAACAACCACCACCACCACCACCACAACAACAACAACAACCACAACAACAAAAGAAACAGAUCCGACUUUUUCAGUGUGAAUUAAAAACAUUCCCUUAGACACAGUAUCUCGCUUUUCAGGUCUUGAACGGUUUGAGAACUUGGAAAACAGAGUAAACUAUAAAACUUGUAUAAAUUGGUUUAAAAGAAAAUUGCUGCCACUUUUUUGUUUUUUGUUUUUCUGUUUUGUUUUUUUGUAGCCUUGACAUUCACCUCCCUUAUGUAGUAGUAAUAUCUAGCUAACUGGGUCUUUUCUGUUGUUUUUACUCCUUAUUUCCUCACUUAAUUUCUACAGUGCUCAACUGUUAGAUAUUAAUCUUGGCAAACUGCUUAAUCUUGUGGAUUUUGUAGAUGGUUUCAAAUGACUGAACUGCAUUCAAAUUAUGAGUGGAAGGAAAAAUUGCAUUAGUUGGUUGCAUGAACUUUGAAGGGCAGAUAUUACUGCACAAACGCUGCCAUCUCGCUUCAUUUUUAACUAUGCAUUGGAGUACAGACUAAUUUUAAAAAUAUGCUAAACUGGAAGUUUAAACAGAUGUGGGCCAAACCAUUCUGGAUCAGGAAAAGUAAUACUGUUACUUUAAAGUCUGCUACCCAUCCCCCUCCCCCAUAUGUACAGACAAUAAUAUGGUGUGGAAUGUAGUCAGUGGCAACAUUUCACAGAUUUUUAUUUUGUUUCUGUCUUCAACAUUUUUGACACUGUGCUAAUAGUUUAUUCAGUACAUGAAAAAGAUACUACUGUGUUGAAAGCUUUUUAGGAAAUUUUGACAGUAUUUUUGUACAAAACAUUUUUUUGAAAAAAUACUUGUUAAUUUAUUCUAUUUUAAUUUGCCAAUGUCAAUAAAAAGUUAAGAAAUAUUUCAGUUUUUCUAGAAGUCAUUUACAAAGGGUGGGGAUGCUUUUCAUUUGGAUUUUUUGGUUGGUCCUUCACUCUCCUACUCCCCCUCCUGCCUACCCCGCAGCCCCCCAGUGGACCAUUUUAACAAUAAGCUGCUGAUGAGAACAAACAUUCCAAAGGAGAAAUUACUGGGCACCAAUGCAGGUCAUGGUGAGCUUGGGGGGGGGGGUGGCAGGGAAGGGAGGGUACAGGAUUUGACCAGAACUGGCAUCACACCACAUUGUUAUCAUUGGAACAUUAGUGUGGGUUAAUCCCAAACUGCGAAGUUGUCAGAGCAACUUUUUUUUUUCCAUUUGCCAACGCAUUCAAAGGUAACCCAGAAUUAAACCUGCCGGAUUGAUUAAAUUUUAAUCUUACACUGUUUUGUUUACACCUAAAUUUGGAUUCUCUUUUUAUAUUUAUUUUUAAACUCUACCUGGGUGGGUUUGAUCAAUAAUACUUUGGGGAGAUGUAUAGAGAAAGGUAUAACAAAUACAUUUCUCUUUAGUGGUAAGACUAGGCUUCCUCUAUAAAGAGAGAGGAGCACAUAUUUUCUAGCCUCAUCAGAAGGGGUUUCAGACUGAUUUGUAGUCCUUGCCC